AAGUUUCCUCCUCGAAGUGGUACUGAGGGGCCACAGAUUUCCAAGUGAAAUUAUUAAAGAGAGACCUUAGAGGGACAUCAGAUAAUUCAGUCUCAUUUCGGCACUGGGUUGACAGCCCAUAUCAAUGUGAUGGCCUGCACUGUAGCUAAAGCAGGCCCUGGGAAUGGCUAUCCCAUGAAGGCACAACUGCAGAUUGUGGUACUGUCAGCGAAACUGAAGGAAAACAAGAAGAACUGGUUUGCCCCCAGUCCCUAUGUUGAGGUUGCAGUGGAUGGCCAGUCCAAAAAGACUGAAAAAUGUACCAAUACUUUGACUCCCAAAUGGAAGCAGCCCCUCACCGUAAUCGUCACACCCUUUAGCAAGCUCAUCUUCCGCGUAUGGAGUCACCAGACGUUGAAAUCAGACAUCCUUUUGGGAAUAGCCACGCUGGAAGUCAGUGAAACAUUGAAAUCAAAUGACAUGAAAAUUUCUGAGGUAAUUCAGACUCUCCAGCUGAGUGCUGAUCAGGAUCAGGCAGACGUGGUUGGCGACCUGUCUGUUUGUCUGGACGGCAUGCAGGUAGACCCGGAAAUGUUUGCUUCUGUGGAGGCUGACAACCAAAGUGUUUCCAAUGGGGAAUUACUCCAUAAUGGACAUAAUGGUGAUGUGAAGCUGAGGAGGAGCAGAGAGGGCUCUCCAGCCGUUGAGGGGCGUGAGCGUUCAUCCACUCCGAAUGGUCGUACGAUGAGCGGUACAGGGUCUCCCUCUACUUCAGUGAGGGCCUCUAGACCUCAGAGACCCCCAAGGCCUUCCCGGCCCCCACCACCCACACCACGGAGACCAUCAUCCUCACCAGCCUUCUCCAAUGGCUGUGUCCAAACUGAUGGGGGCAAUAUAACACAGGCUGAUACUCUUUCCCGUAAUCCUACGUCUGGGACGGCAGAUCACAAUUCGGUGUCCCAGGAACUGCCAGCACGACAGCCGAUCAGUGUAGCACCCAACCCCAACCGACACUCUGUCAUCAACGCGGGCCCGUUACCCCCUGGAUGGGAGCAGCGAGUGGAUCAGAACGGCCGUACGUAUUUCGUUGACCACGUGGAGAAGCGGACGACAUGGGAACGGCCCGAUCCUCUGCCUCCAGGCUGGGAGCGCCGAGUAGACCCCAUGGGUCGUGUGUACUUUGUGGACCACAUCACCAGGACCACCACGUGGCAGCGCCCCACCAUGGAGACAGUGCGUAACUACGAGCAAUGGCAACACCAGCAGAGUCAGUUACAGGGGGCGAUGCAGCAGUUCAAUCAGAGGUUCAUUUUUGGGGUGCAAGAUCAGCUCGCCACAGCACAAAAUAAAGAGUUUGACCCUCUGGGACCUCUGCCUCAUGGAUGGGAAAAGAGAACUGACACCAACGGCAGAGUUUAUUUUGUCCAUCACCCCACCCGAUCUACACAGUGGGAGGAUCCACGUACCCAAGGGCUGCUAAAUGAGAAGCCUCUGCCUGAGGGAUGGGAAAUGAGAUUUACAGUGGAUGGAAUCCCUUAUUUUGUCGACCACAACAGGAGAACUACAACCUACAUCGACCCCCGCACUGGAAAAUCUUCACUUGAGAAUGGACCCCAGAUCACUUACGUCAGAGACUUCAAAGCCAAAGUCCAAUACUUUAGGUUCUGGUGUCAGCAAUUGUCAAUGCCUCAGCACGUUAAAAUCACUGUCACCCGUAAAACCCUGUUCGAGGACUCAUUCCAGCAAAUUAUGAGCUUUAGCCCACAAGAUCUCCGGCGCAGGCUGUGGAUCAUCUUCCCUGGGGAGGAGGGUCUGGACUACGGCGGUGUAGCAAGGCAAUGGUUCUUCCUCCUUUCCCAUGAAGUCCUGAAUCCCAUGUACUGCCUUUUUGAAUAUGCUGGAAAAGACAACUACUGCCUGCAGAUCAACCCUGCUUCCUACAUCAAUCCUGACCACCUCAAAUACUUCAAGUUCAUUGGCCGCUUCAUAGCUAUGGCCCUGUUUCAUGGCAAGUUCAUUGACACUGGCUUCUCUCUGCCUUUCUACAAACGGAUCCUUAACAAGCCUCUUGCACUCAAAGACUUGGAGUCUAUUGAUCCGGAGUUCUACAACUCUCUCAUAUGGAUCAAGGACAAUGACAUAGAGGAGUGCGGGUUGGAGAUGUUUUUCUCUGUGGAUAAAGAGAUCCUUGGUGAGGUCACCACCCAUGAGCUAAAGCCUGAUGGAGGUAACAUUCAGGUGACAGAGGAGAACAAGGAGGAGUACAUCAGGUUGGUGGCAGAAUGGAGACUGUCCAGAGGAGUGGAGGAGCAAACACAGGCUUUCUUUGAGGGCUUUAAUGAGAUCCUGCCACAGCAGUAUCUUCAGUACUUUGAUGCCAAAGAGCUGGAGGUGUUGCUGUGUGGGAUGCAGGAGAUUGACCUGACAGACUGGCAGAGGAACACCAUCUAUCGACACUAUGCUCGCAACAGCAAACAGAUCCUGUGGUUCUGGCAGCUGGUUAAGGAAAUGGACAAUGAGAAGAGAAUGCGUCUGCUGCAGUUUGUGACAGGCACCUGUCGCCUCCCAGUGGGUGGAUUUGCUGACCUGAUGGGGAGCAAUGGGCCACAAAAGUUCUGUAUUGAAAAAGUUGGGAAGGAGAACUGGCUUCCCAGAAGCCACACUUGUUUUAACCGGCUGGACCUGCCUCCUUAUAAAAGCUACGAGCAGCUCAAGGAGAAAAUAAUGUUUGCCAUCGAAGAGACAGAGGGCUUUGGCCAAGAGUAGGAGACCACUGCUGAUCACCACCUUAUCUAAGCAAUGUCAUGACUGUGGUGUGUGUGUGUGUGUGUGUGUGUGUGUGUUUGACCAGAGGAGAGCAGUACUGUUAUUCCCUCAGUGAUCUGGCACAUAGGUGAAUCAGGGAUUGAGGGGACUCCAGUUGAUUCUUCUGAUUUCAUCAGCUGAGGAAAAUAGGGCUCAGACCUGUGACAAAAUGCAAUUUUCACAGAUACUUUUUGGAAAUCUUCAGUAUAAUACUUGAAGUCCUGAGACACCAACAUGUAGCUCCAAAUCUAAAGAUGAGACUGGCAGUUUCAUGUGUACAUUUAUACAUAUAUAUACAGACCAAAUUCUCAUCAGAAUGACAGUUUAUCUGAAAAUUGCACAUUAAGCCUGUAAAGGAAAAUCACAGUGUCAGAGUCAGUUUGGAGAGACACAACAAAGAUCAUGUGAACACUUGUCCAUUUUUCUUCUGCCUCAGCUUUCCGCCAAAAUAUCUGACUAAACUGAAGUGUGCUAGUUAUAAUCGAAAUGUCUAGAUUCUAGAAAUGUGAUUUAUGUGACAACGCAACUCUUUUUUUUUGCAGUUUGUAAAACACAAACAAAGACAUAAUGGACUUGAGAUGAACUCCCUCGGCUAAAUCAAAUAGAAGAAUCAUGACCUAUGAUUUAUGAGACAUAUGAGUUCCAAACUUCCUUGGCCCUAGUUUUAUAGGGCUCCUUAAUCAGAGAUCAUCUUAUCAUUGUAAUAUUCUGGGUCAAACCACGAUAUGUGUCGAGAUAAAUGAUAUUAUUGAGUAACAGCCUGUACUGGAGGUCGUAUAUGCUCUGGCCAUGUGCUCAUGGUGACGUUCUGGGCAUGGUCAGUUUUCUUUUUUUUUUCUUUAUUCUGUGACACUGUUUCCCUUCUCACGCCCUGGGGAUCCGCUGGACAGCAGAUUUCUGCCCUAGCCCCGCAUAAUCACGCCCAUGUCUCCUUGAAUUAGGACUACCGUGGUUAGGCAUGAACUGAAAUGUGCUGCAUAUAGGGUUCUUAGAGCUGGAGCAAGGAGACACUGCUUUAAUAGAGUGCCAAUAUGUGACUCAAGUCAAUCAAUAACCAGAAUUUUAACAAAAUUAUACCUUUCAUACCGUAUGUUUUCAUCAUUCAGAAAGGGUGUUUAUAUGUAUGAGUGUUUGUUUCACUGGACUUGUGAAGCUAUAAACCCAGUUAACCUGCAUUCGAAGACAAUAGAGAUAUUGUCCCUAGCUACACUGGAGUGCCUUUCUUCAGUAAACCUGAGUGAACCAGAGCAGUUCACAUACAUACAUUACAUGCAUGCAUGCACGGGGCGUGUAAUGCAUGCAUGUGAAGCUAAUGUAGCUUGAUUCAUCAUGCAGUCUUGGGCAGUGGCCCCUCCAAUUGGACUGUCACUCUCACUGUGCUUUGUCAGUGUUUCCCAAACUGGCUUUGGGAGACCUAGACCCGUGCACAUUUUAGUUUUCUCCCUGUUCAAAGACCUGAUUCAGUUCAUCAGGCAAUUAUCAAACCCCUUGUUGAGCUGAAUCAGAUCUGUUAGAGCUUGGAGAUACUUGAAAUGAGCAGAGCCAUGGGCCUCUGGGAGCAGGACUGUGAAAGACCAGGUUUAUGUAAGUGGGAAGUGAUAAAAAGGAAGCAACCGGACUGUUAGCAACUCUGCUGGAGAGCUGUUUAGUAUCCACCAAUACAGUAACUGAAUUGGAUCACUGUCUAGCGCUGAUCUGGAGAAAACUGCACUAGUGAAUUGAUUUGCAAGAACAAUGAGCUAAUCUUGAUUUUCUAAUCUAGGUGAGACUUGUGCUUAUGGGCCUGAGUAGACUUUUUAAAGUUUGAGGAUUUGGCUUAAACCAAGCAGGUAGCCAGCGUAUAGAACUUGGGCUGGUUAAUCCGCAGAAAUGUUAUCAAGUUUUUUGUUUUGGUUUUUUUCUUUUACUGUAAAAAGAGAAUGAGAUUAAGGGGUGAUCUUGGGAGAUCUUUAUAAUAUGGUGUUUCUAUGAGACCUUCUAAAUAUUCUUGGGAAUUCUUCUUUUUUGGGAAUGUUUGACUAUUAACUGACAGGAUCACAUAUUCACCUCUCCAGUAUGAAUGGACAUAGAAUAAAACAUUCAAACACUUGCUUUCUGAUAAUAAGAUUGAGUCACAAGGGACAGGACAGAUGGACACACAGUCCUUAACAUUUUUAAUUUCCUGUCUAGAAACUAAACCACUUCACUCUGUAUGUGAACUGAAUGUUGUAAAUUGUGUGAAUAUUUAAGUAAUUUACUUUUUGUAAAAAAAAUUUAAAAAAAAGAUCAAAAACAAAACAAAAGCGGUUUUUAAUAAUGACUGGUGUAAAAGCUUCCUUCUCUCUGUUUGGAGAUUUUUCUUUUCCCAAUUGAUUUUUAUGUCUUGUAUAUUGUGUAAAAAUGUUAAACCAACAAAUAAAUAAUUCUAUGGCA